CNGGUGGUGCCCUUCUGCCUCUUCCUGCUGUUGGACAUCUACUGGAAGUACGAGACGCGCCUCACCUGCGGCGACAGCGACCACGGCCACGGCGGCUGCUCCCCCGCCGACCACCUCCGCCACCAGAAGUCCGUCAUGAAGAGCCAGCGCAACGCCCUCCUCAUCGCCGCCGCCCUCCUCCUCUACUGGCUCCUCUUCUCCGUCUCCUCCCUCGUCCUCCGCCUCGACCAGCUCCACCACCGCCUCGACCAGCUUAAACGCCACGAUGAUUGAUCGACGAUUGAUCGAAUUUCUCUGUGUUCUUUGAAUAUCUGUACCUUUUAUUGUAUACACUGCUUGCACGCUUAUGUGCAUCCUGUUUUUUUUUCCCCUAAUCUUCGCAUCAUAUAAUGAAAGUUAA